AUGGAAAGCCACCUAAGCAAUUUCGAAGUCGACAUUUAGAAUAAUUUCAAGCAAUAUAUGAGCUAGAUACCAUUUGAGAUCAAUUUCAUGAUUACAAUAAAAUCCUAACUUACUUAUUUCAACCUUAAGAGUAAAAAUGGGUCCAAUCAAAUGACAAAAAAUUAAGUUGAACCACUAAACUAAACUGACCUAUCUAAACUUGAGGCCUCAACAAUGUUAUCAUCGAAAUUUUUUGAAGAAGUAUAUCACCAAAACUAGUCCAUUAUUUAAAUUUCUAAAACUUAAAUAAUACCUUUCCUGUCAGAGCAAAAUGUGCAUGAUUUCUCCACUAUAUAAAUUGAGUUUGACUGCAAAAAAUUUGGGGUAAUGAUGUCAAUUAUCUUAGAUUUUUAAGAAGAUGUGGUUUAUCUGAUAUUUUUAAAGCCAAAAGUCCAUUUUAUCAACUCAUAAUUGAGUUUCUAUGUUUGCUUAAAAGAGCUUAAUGGAUAUUUUGUCAAGAUUAUAGAGCACCUACAGUAAAAUUAAGAAAAUGAAAAGAUAGUAGAAGUACUUGAUAAUGCUAACUAAUAGGAAAAAGCUGCAAGCAAACCAUCAUCUUAAGAAAAAGAAAAAGAUGCCAAUAAUGAUAAUGAAGAAUAGAAUUCUUAAGAUACAUAGAUCAUCAAUCUAGCAACAGAUAGCUAAUAAAUUAACACCUGA